CGAAGUGACGCGGAAUGAAGGCCAUCAAGACGUUUCGCAAAAUGUCCAAGUCGCAGAGGGAAGCGCAGUUCUUUAAGAGCAGCAUGGAAGAAACACACGAAGAGGGACUAGUGGUCACCGGCGAACCAAACGAUGGUGGCCAGGUACUGGAGGGAGAGGUUAAGCUAGAAGAAGAGCCUGAGGAACAACAAACAAAUCGGCGAUCACCUCGUCGAAGUAUAGAGGAGCUGGAGGUGUCUGACGGAAUCAAGGGGGAAUAUGAUGUACCACAGAGCGAACCUUGGCGGGCACCGUCACCUGCACGAAAGGAGGAGGUGCCCGCUGCACGAAAGGAGGAGGGAGAGCCCGACGGACAGCAAACGAAUCGGCAAUCACCUCGUCAAGCUCCAGGGGAGCUAGACGGAGCAGGAGACGAUCCAGAAGGAGAUGACGUGGCUGCCAUCGAAAAGGAACAUGAUGUACCACCGAUCGAUACGUCGCGGGCACCGCCGCCGGAAAGAAAGGAGAAAACUACCAAGGCUCACGCACGUGUGUCACGAGAUGGCUCGAUUGGUUACGACGACGUGGUGAUUUCUCCCGGCAGCAGCAUGUCGUCCAUGGGGAGCGCCACCACGUUCAGUGCCGGCGGACGGACUCCCGUUGGCGAUAGGCCAGCUCUCAAGGCCCAGACCUCCUUCUUCACGCAGGCCUUCGCGGAGCCACCGGAGGAGACCUCCAGGGAUGGCGGUGGUCGCUGUGGGCUGAUCGCGGAGCAUCUGGCGGAGAUCGCGUCGGGGAAGGAGCCCUCCGAAGCGUCAUCAUCGACUGCCGAAGAGCAGAACAAGCCCCGCUCGCUUAUCGAAACCAAACUUCAAGGAGAAGGAACGGGCGAGGAAAAGUCACCGUUCCUGUCUCCGACGGCCCCGGCCGCCCCCGGUGCGGCCACGGGCGCGGCCUCACCCACCGCCGAGCCCUUCGCUUCCGCUCCUUCACCUCCCACGCCGGCCGUGGCGCCAGUGGCAGCGGCGGGGCGAGACGCGCAGGGAGAGCGGCCCAUGCACGGCGGCUCUUCUUCUACGCGUUGGCCGCCCAGGGCCCCAAAAUCCGCCCCGUCAGUGCCCGCCGCCGAAGCGCCAGCUCCAGAGCCAGCGCAGGUGAGAACGUUACCGGAGGCGCCAAGGGACGUAGUGUUGGACAGAACGGCUCCCACCACAACCGUUUCAACGGCAGCGGCGUCCCCGUCUCCGCCUCGCGGCGAGAAAACGGCCAACCCGGCGGCGGCGGCAGCGGCUCCCCCGGUGGAGCAGGCCGCGCCAUCGGCAAAGGUUCAGCCAACAGCAAGCACAGCAGACGAGGAGAAAGAGGAGACGGGAAGGGCGGCUCCACGAGACAGUUUCUUCGCGCCCAUUCCACAAGAAGAAUCACGAAUUCUUGCAGAAGAGAAGAAGGUGACCAUCAAAGAGAACAAGGGGGAAUCAGCUCGACACUACACCCUGCCCCCAGAGAUCAACUCGGUGCACGCAGCCGUCGAGAGCGGCGUCCCCGCGGCCGUGCCGGCGGUUCUCGUGCGCAUAGGCCACGAGGUGGCGAUGUUCGAGCUGACGGCGAAAAACUGCAGCCGUUUGCGCGACGCCAGGAGCAUCAGCACCGGCAAAGUCUACGGCAACAGCAGCGGCGGCGAGGACGAGGAGCUACAGACCGCCAUCAUGCUUGCCGCCCUCAGCGGAAACCUGGACAUGUUCCACACCGUUCUCGAGGCCAUGAAAGCGAAUAUGCCGACAGCAAAACAGGUCGACGACAUGAUCGGGAUGACAGAUGCGGGGGGGAGGUCCCUGGUGGUGGCGGCGGCGGAGGGGGGCAGCCUGGAGAUCUUCGAGGAAGUCCUGGGCCUCCUGGGAGGGAAGGAGGCGGCGGCAGGGAACAUGUCGACCCUGGAGGCAGGCUGUCUCAUCAAGAUGGCCGCGAGGAGCGGAAGCAUCGAGGUUUUCAGCGCCGUUCGGGACAUGCUUGCCGCGGACGGGAAGAUUGUUCACUCGAUGAAGGCGGCGGCGAAAAGCGGAGCGCGUUGGGUGAACGUGUUCGUAGAGGCGGCGGGAAGUGGCAACGGGGAGGUGGUCGACGCCGUGAUGGCGGUCAUGGCGGAGGUCCUCCCGAGGGAUUGGGUGGUGGACACAAUCACAGCGUGCAAAGGGCCGUCGCGGACGACGGCUCUCAUGGCCGCCGCCGAGAGCAGGAGCACGGCAGCCGUAAAAGCCGUCAUGAACGCGAUUUCCGUCAUCGAUGACAGCACCACCGAUGGCGACGACGAGAACGUCGACAACAUGGACCUCACGGGAGAGCCUCCGAGCCCUUUCUCGGCGGACUCUCUUUCGCAUUCUAAGGCUUCAACUGGUCGUGGGGCGCCGAAGAUCAAGACGGAUGGUCUGAGGGCCUCGAGGAAGGACAGGAGCCUCGCCGGUACAUCGAAACGCUGGGACUCCAUGGCGAGCAUGCGCAAUCCGCCGUGCCCCCCGAAGUCGCAGUAUCUGAGGGAGGAAAUGAUCGUGGCGAAGAACGUGCGGGGCCACACGGCGCUAACUUGUGCCGCCAACAGCGCGGUCCUCGACAACGUCGUGAUCGUCUCGGAAGCGAUGGGAAAGUUCCUGUCUAUGACGGUCGCCUUGAGCUCGUCGCUCUCCACGUGCUGCAACAACCUCUCGCUUCCGGUGGAAGACGCGAGGUUGAGCGUGCUGGCCUACCUUCUUCAGCAAGGCGCCAAGCCCACCAACAAGGGGCUCCUCCGGCUCAGCAACUUGGUCAAGUUUCCCCGUCUGAAGGAAAGCCUGUUAGGGGCCAUCUCCUCGGCGAACAACCCGUUCAUCCCUGGCAUGAACCUGUCCGUCGCAUGCACGACGGCGACCAGGCGCGCCAUGGAAGGAGAAAAACGCCGUCUCGCUUCGAUGCAGGCCGCCGUUGACGAGCUUCUGCUCGAGGUUCUAGAGCACAUGCCUCAGACAGUCAAGGGGUUCAAAGGCGAGAUGAGAGACUGCUCCGCCAUCUUCGAGCCUGAGACCGUUAUCUCCCGAUUUCAUGGCUAUCAGGGGCCCUUGCACGUCGUGCUGAGCAAGAGGGAGCAGAUGGAGACGUACUGCACGAUCCCGUUGGUCCUGGACUUUAUGACCAGGAAGUUCACGAAGGGACUGCCUAGCCUGAGGGACACGGAGGGGGUGCUGCUCAGUAACAAGGGCUUCACACAGACCCUGUACGGGGGUGGUUUGCUCGCAGAGGGCAAGGUUUUCUUCUUCGGAAUGGCUCUGCAGAGAGGCUACGCGGGGGGGGCGCUGUCGAGUAUCACCUACUUUCCGGGGGCAAGGUUUAUCAUUGCCGGAUUUCUGUCCAGGCCGGGCAGCUACUACAAGGUUCCUGCCCUUCGAAUGUGCUUGGACCUCGUGACGUACAUCUCGAUGAUGAUCAUCUUCGGGGGGUUUGUCAUUCUACACGAGGCGGGCGACACCUCCGACUGGUUGGAGAUCGUCUUCACCAUGUACAUUUUCGGAGGCAUCCUGACCGAGUUCCGUGAGAUUCUUGAGGACCCCUGGGAAUACAUGCGGGACCAGUGGAACCUGCUUGACGUGACCUCCCUCACCUUGCUCCUUGGCGGGGCGAUCCAGCGAAUGUACGGGCAAGUCGACGAUGAGUCCUCCAGAGCCUUGUAUGCCCUCAGCGCGCCCCUGGCGUUCGCCAGGAUCCUGUUUUUCGCGCAGAUCCUCCCUUCGCAAGGGCCUAUGAUACAGGUUAUGUUUUCGAUGACGGGCCUUCUGGCCAAGUUCGGGAUGAUCAUGCUGCUUGUGAUGCUGGGCUUCGUGACGUCGUUCUACAGUCUGUACAAGGAAACCACCGCCUACGGCGAGGUAUGGAAGGCCAUCUUCAGGGCGACGCUGGGCGAAACGGACUACCUCGACGACUUCUCGGGGACCACGUUUGACGGCGUGGCCACCGUUCUCCUGGUCGUCUACCUCGUUCUGCUGACCAUCAUGAUGCUCAACCUCCUUGUGGCGGUGCUGUCGACGGCACACGCCAAGGUCGACGCGAACGCCGGCCUCGAGUACAAGGUGACUAGGGCUAGGCUGAUCCAGCACUACGUAAACGUGGUCGAGAUCGACCGCCUCCCGCCGCCCUUUAACUUGUUUCAGUGGAUCUUCGCCCUCCCCUUCAUGGUGCUAGACUUGUGCUUCCGCACUUCCCGGCGCCCCUCAACGGCAUCCACCAACUCAGCCGCCGACUCUGCUUCCAGCAGCAGAAGCACAAGCAGAAGCAGCAGCAUCAACGGCAACGAAAAAACAAAGAGAGACCGCAGCUAUUUCAAAGUUGCCCGCGGUUUCUUCGGCCGGCUGGCGUUCUGGGCCAUGCUCGGCCCCAUCGCCGUCCUUGCCGGCUGGGUGUUGUGGAUGAUCUCCAUUGUAAAGGCACCGGUCGUGGUCUGGCAAACCUCGGGAGACAAAAGCCUCGGCGGAAGGAUCGCCAGGAUGCUGCUCGUGAUCUUCGUUUGUGCGGUGGGAGCACCCUUCUGGCACCUGGUCAUGUGGGUGCGAGGCGGCGUGGCGGGCGUGAGGAGGACCAUGCGUGCUCUGGGUUGCUGCUGCUGCUGCGGGGGGGGGCGCGGGGGCGGGGCGAAGCGGGGAGACGGAAGGACGACGACCGCGUCGAUUACGGCGCGUGGCUCUCCCGCGACGAUCGUGGCCGAAGGAGCAGAAGAUGAUAUGGAGAAGGUGGUGCCGAUCGUGCUGCAGGAGGCAGAUGGGGCUCUGACCACCAGCGAGCUCCAGAUCUUUCUCGACGACCCCAUGAGCGAUCCGGACGUGCGCCGAGACGAGGAGACGAGGGCAACUACGGUGGAGCACAUCAAGCUGCUCAGAAACCGCCUGGAGGCCACGACCAAGGAGCACAUGAACGGGCUGCAGGCCUACCUCCUCAAGACCGCGGGAGAUAUCUCCCGCCAGCUGGAGGAGUCGGGUGCGGGGGGUCGUGGAUCCCAUGGCGGUGGUGGCGGUGCUGCCGCCGCCCGGGGUCGGGUAGGUGCCGCACCCCAAGACGAAGAUGACGACGAAAAUCGUGACGUGGGCGGAUGGGAGGCCGGGGGCUGGGGCGCGGAGGAGCUGAGGCAGAUCGUUGGCGCGAGGUUUAGCGAGCUCGAGGAAACCCUCGAAGGAAGGGUGGGCGCGCUAGAAGAGAGGAUGGGGGCCAUGAUUGACGAGCGAUUGGGCGCCCUGGCGAACAAGCUGGACCUUGUCCUCAGCGCCCGGGAAGCCGGGGCACCGAAGUAGAACUAUGAAGACCUCGGUUCGGUUUUCUUUUGAAGACCUUGUCGGGCAACAUGCUCCGGUGGAACACCGAUCAGUCCCGAACGUCUGCGCUUGGUACAUGUACUUGCCUUGCAUGUUCUUGGAUUUACUACUUAUUCUGCAGUACAUUCCAAUGUACAUUUCCUCGUCCUUUGAUACUGCGCGUAUUGUUAGUACAGGCCUGGUAGAUCGGGCAUUUGUUGGGAAAGUAGUCUUCGUGUGGCGGCCUGUGCCAAGUCUGCCUGUCGCAAGGUUGGUGUACUGGGACGUUCCCUUUUGUUCCAUAGAUCACUCAGCGAUGAGCGCUUGUGCGAAUUUCCCUUGAUUGGAGACUUGGCAUCACCGCGUGAUCGUUCUCUAUGUACGUGCGUAAUUGGAUGUGCUGGCACCCACGAUAUUAGUUUUCCGAUGCCAGUUUGUUGUUUGUUGUUUUUGGUCCUAUUUAUUAUGGCAGUCCCCCCAUUUUCCUUGGUGAGACGUGUAAUACAUCACUGUACGUAAGAGUACAACACUUUUUCAGUGUACUCUUUCGUGCAACUACAACCCUGCAGGGUCACACAGAAGGGGGGUAACCACCAGGGCUUUUUUCUUCUUUUUGUUAUAUUUCGUGCCCCACCCUUGUGCGGUGCGUGUUGAAUUUUAUGUUCAUCGCGAGAAGGGUCCAGCCGUCCGCGACGUUCCAUUUUUGCAUUUGAUGUAUUUUAGGCUCAAGUUCCUCACUGCUAUGUUCGUUAGUGGUGGAGAGUUCUGUAGCCUGAAGCAAGCCCGCGGUGCCUUCCAACUACGUCUGUCCAACCCAACCGUGGCGAUUACAGGGGGUAAUGGUACGUUCCUGCGGUUGUGCUCUUGAUAUCGGCGAAGUGGACGCAGUAUUCCGAUUUCAAUGAAAACGCCUUUUCUUCACUCGUACAGGGUGCUGCUGUACCGUAGCACCGUGCGGCGGUGCCACAGCAGUUUUUGCAGUUUGGUAUGGUUUGGAGAGUCGCGCCCUGUGCAUUUUCAACGGUCAGAUUGUAAUGACAAUAAGAGAGGCACCCGCUUCCCACAGCUUCGACCUGGGUGGUCU